UCUCCUUCAACAGGCUACUUCAUUCAGGAUGCUGGUGACAUUAUUUUUAGUGGCUACGCAAAAGCAUCUUGGGAGUUUUUACUUCACCAUGUUAUGGUGAUCUGGUGUUUCGUGUAUGCUGUGUUCACUCAUCAGUAUGUGGCAGGUGCAGUGGUGGCUUUAUUUGUGGAGGUGAACAGUGUGUUCCUACACACACGUUUAUUGCUCAAACUGGCUAAGGUGGCCCACAACUCUUUCAUCUACACCGUUAACAAACUGUUCAAUGUGGUGACCUACGUGACCUUCCGGCUUGGAGCACAGUUUUACCUCACCUGGUACCUAAUACACCACUACUCAUCGUUGGAUCAUGCCCUCUACUUCCUGAUAACCAUGAUGCUCAUGAACAUCAUGAUUCUCAUCUACUUCUACCGCCUCCUCCGAACCGACUUCUUCAGCAAGGGGCGUCCUCACAAUAGUGGUCGUAAAUUUGCUGAGGACUAAACCAACAGAGGCUGAUGUCAAAUCAGUCAUAAACCAAAGACUGCAUUCAAGUGACUGUUAACACAAAAUUUAUCCAUAGGAUGCAUGUGCUGAAUGAGCAAACCUCACCAGAGAGAGUCUGAUGUGAAUCGGAGACAUUUAAAGAGUUUUCACAUGUUAGAAUAAAACUUAAACUCAAUAAACAACUUUAUCUGAUCUGUUAGCACAGACGGGUUUUUGCACUGCAAACUGAAUUUCUUGCUCAGUAUCUUGUUUUCCGGUACAAGUGUCUAAACAUUCAUAAAUCAUGAAACAUUUACUUCAGCAAAAUGACUAGAUUUUAAAGGAUUAGUUCACCCAAAAAUGAAAAUGUGCUGACGAUUUACUCAACUUCUGGAUAUCCAAGAUGUAGAUGAGUUUGUUUCUUCAUUGGAACAGAUUUGGAGAAAUUUUGCAUUACAUUACUUGUUCACCGAUGGAUCCUCUACAGUGAAUGGGUGCCAUCAGUAUCAUAGACGUGUAUAGGGUCAGAAGGAGUUUACAGCUGAUAAAAACAUCACAAUAAUCUACAUGACUCC